GGGUGGGGGGGCGGCCGGCUCCACACGCUUGCACUAGGGUUGAGUGGGGUGUGCCCUUAGGGACGCCGGGGACUGUCGGUGCAGGAGGCUCCGCGCGAGCUUUGGCCACGGGGCGCGCUGGGGUCCGUUGGAGUCCGGGCAUGGCCCGGAGCCACCUGGCUUCACUGCUGACUCUCCUAGCGCUCCUAGGUCUAGUGUCCCCUACUCAGAUCAACCCAGACUACCAGUACUUUGGCCAGCAGGGUGAAAGUGACGAUACUUGGGAGCUGCUGAGGCUGCAGCGACAAAAGGUAGUGGAAGACUCAGUCCUAGGCCCGUGGGGAAAGUGGAUUUGCUACUGCAAUCUGGGGAAACAGGAACGCAGCCGCCAGGUGUUGGGCACAGCACCAGUCCCUGUGUUCAUGGACCGCGAGAACCUGGUUCAGUUGAGGCCGUGCCAGCAACAGGAUUGUCCAUCUUGCAACCCAAUAGACUGCAACUAGAGGCCCUCAGCAGAGGUGAGGAGUAGAGGAGGCACAGAAAAGCCAGUCAGGACUGGCUGGCAGAUCCAAGAGUAGGCAGGGACAUUUGAAUCAUGGUGGUGUAGCCCUUUAAUCUGAGCACUUGGGAGGCAGAGACAGGCAGAUCUCUGGGUUUGAGGCCAGCCUGGUCUCCGGAAUGAGUUCCAGGACACCUAUGGCUGCACAGAUAAACCCUGUCUUGGAAAACAAAAACAAACAAACAAAAAAAGAAAGAAAACUGGAAGAGGAGGAGAAGGGAUUGAGGUGGUGGCUGGUUUGAGUCACUGAGGGCCAGGUUCCAGCAGCCACGGGGCGGAACUUGCAAAGUGACCCUGCCCACCCUCGAAUACAAACCACGCCCUUGGAAGUCCUGGAAGACUACAACUCCCAGGAGAGAGCACGGCGGCGGCGGCGGCGGCGGCGACGAC